UUAUUCAACUUCAGCCCUGCUGCAGAGUCGCAGCACCAGCCUUUUGGAAGACCAUCCUCCCCAAAACUUUUCUGCUCCAGAUGUGGCAUUCACGCGCAAACGCCUGUAAAUAAAUCCGAACUAGGUGGUGGUGUCACUUUCUGAACCUGAACCGCCUGCAGAAACCGAAGCCCCCGAGGGACAACAUGCCCAUGUACGCGGCUCUGGCUGUGGGACUGGGACUCGGAGCCGUCCUCCUCACGCUUCCCUCAGGUGAUUUCCACCUGGAGGAGUGGGGCUUUGCGAAGCGGCUCGUCCUGUGCGUGGCGGCCGGAGUGUCCGUCCUGGUUCUGGUCCAGCUGCACCGGCUGCUCUUCCGGCCCCUGGAGUUGCUCCGGACCCCGGAGGAUGUGGGAUACAUCGCCGAGGACGGGCGCAGCAAGGCGCGGGCCGCGAACGACGCGCGCCGCCGGAGGAAAGUCGGGGAGCUGCCGCCGGUUUAUCCGAACGGCUGGUACCGGGUUCUGGACUCCCACAUGCUGGGCCGGGGAGAGGUCAGAAGCGCCUAUAUUCUAGGUCAGCAGCUGGUGGUGUUUCGGGGCCACGAUGGGAAAGCCCAUGUGCUGGACGCGUAUUGCCCCCACCUGGGCGCCAACCUGGCUGUGGGGGGCCGCGUGUUGGGAAACUGCAUCGAAUGCCCGUUCCAUGGCUGGCAGUAUCGGGGAAGCGACGGGAAAUGUGAGAAGAUUCCCUACUCAGAUAAAGUACCUGAGUUCGCCCAGGUGCGCCGCUGGCCCAGCUGUGAGGUGAACCAGCAGGUUCUGGUCUGGUUCCACUGUGACGGGUUGGAACCGCAGUGGAGCGUCCCAGAGCAGCCGGAGGUUGCUAACGGCCAGUGGGUCUACAGAGGCAGAACCGAGCAUUUCAUCAACUGCCACAUUCAGGAGAUUCCAGAAAAUGGAGCGGACAUCGCUCACCUGGGUCACCUGCACACUCCUGGCCUCCCCAGCGGAGUGGAUCUGCGCUACAUCAACAGCAAAACCUGGGAGUUUGUGCGACACGACUGGAAGGUUGAAUGGGAUCCAGAGCCUGAACCCAACGGUCACUGCUCUCAGAUGAGGGUCAAUCAUUCACUCACCUUGUUUGGAUGCCGUUUGCCUCUGCUGGAUCUGCGCGUUGUGGCCAGACAGGUGGGCCCUGGCGUGGUGUUUCUGCGGUUCGACCACAGCUUCCUGGGCCGCGGCCUGAUGAUGCACUGUGUGACGCCUGUGGAGCCUCUGCUGCAGUGCGUAACUCACACCAUGUUCUACCAGCGAAACAUCCCAGCUGUGGUGCCCAAAUUCAUCCUCAAAGGAGAAUCCAUUCAGUUUGAACGCGACGUGAUGAUCUGGAACAACAAGAUGUACAUUUCCAAGCCCCUGCUGGUGAAGGAGGACGCUGCGGUUCGGAGGCACCGCCGCUGGUUCAGCCAGUUCUACAGCCAGAACAGCCCGCGGCUGGAGUACCGGCGGGACGCUUUGGACUUCUGACCCGCCUCUGGAGGUCGCCUCGGUCUGGCUCCAAGAAACCUCUCAGAGAAGAAAUUAUUUUUAUCUGUUUCAGGUUGAAAUAAUUAACCUAUGCACUUUUUUUUAUGCUUUCCUAAAGUCCAAGCGGAAAAAAUAUCCAUCCAAGACCAUGAAGAGAAAUAAAUUCCCUUCAGCCCUUUAAUGUGAAGUUUUACUAACAAUAAGCACAUAAAAAAAUGUCUAAAAGUCUGAAUUUGUUGUAUAAGUUUAUUAUGAGAUGGUUUGAACUUGAAGGAAUGUUCUGUUCACAUGUAAAUGUUUCACAAAAAUUUACACUUCACAUAUUUUUAUCAUUUCUUUUGGGUCUUUACUGCUUCUAAUAACAACCCAAAUGCUUAAAAACUACAUCCAGCUGUUUUUGUUUUUGUUUUUUGCAAUAAGUUGAUGUUUUUUGGUGUUUGGAAAAUGGGCUGUUUCAAAAACUUCUGGAAUGUUGAGUCACAUUCCACUGGCACCGAGCCGUUACCUAGCAACCAAAGACAACAUUUGGUCUGCUGGUUUUACUGAUGAAUGUAUGCUGUAUUAUGUCAAACUAUUAAAACACUUUGAAAACCCUGGUCCCCUCCUUGCCUGUGGGGGGCGCUGCACCAGGAGCCACUGAAGAAGAUGCUUCCUUCUUCACGAAAUGUAAAAAAAAUGGACUAGCAUCAAAUUUUAGAGGUUGUAGAGGAUUUCUAUUUUGUCUUUGGUAAAAAAAAUCACAAGCUAAUUCUCACGCCAACACUUGACUCACAAAUCUGUUUUGGUUGUAUUUACCCAGAAUGCCCUGCACCGAAGUCCAUUUCCUGUUUUUGGAGCAGCCUCCAGUCCACUUGAUGUUCACAUAUGCAUUCAAACCGCACCAGAGUUCACUUCAACAGAACCAAGGCUGAGGUUUGUAGGCGGAUCAGAGUUCACUCUUUUGGUCCAAAUCAGAGUUCAGUUGUGUAUUCACACCUCCACAAAUGUACCGGACUUUCUUGGCAAACGAACUAGACUUGGAUAAAAGUGGACUAAACAGGACUGGUAUGAAUGAUGCACCAUACAGGUGUUUUCCUACCUGGUAGAUUCUUCUGUUGGAAAUCAUGACAGGUAAGCAAAAGUGAAGUGGCAUCAGAUUUUAGCAGUAGUAGGGUUUCUCUUUUGUCUGGUAAAAAACUACUGGAAAAUUUUCCCUCCAGUUAUAGACUCGCGACUCGUUUGUUUUGGUUGUAUUUACCCAGAAUGCCCUGUGCUGUAGUUCACUUCUUGUUUUUAGAUUGGUCUCCAGUCUGUUUGGUGUUGAGUUUGAUUACUCAUUCACAGCUCCCCAAACAAGUAGAACUUUCUAGUCAACCAGACUGGAGUUCAAUUAAACCGGAUUACGACAAAGACUCUGUUUGAUUGGGAACCAAAAUUGCAACAUUUUCUACAUUUUUAACUGCGGCAGUUCGCUUUCACUCUGCGCUAACGAAUUAAACCCUUUGAAAAACAUGCUCCCCUCCUCACCUGUGGGGGCGCUGCACCAAGAACAACUGAAGUAAACUACAGAAAAACCUCUGAAGAACACCAGCACCACUUUCUUCCCCAGGAAAAGUAAAAAAUAAAAUAAAAAUGCCGUAGCCUCAUUUUAGUGGUUGUAGGAUUUCUUAUGUCUAAAAUCUUUUGAUGUUAAACUUUAAGGUGUGAUGGAAACAACAUUAGCUUUAGCCAAACAGCUAAUGUUAUCAUCUCGGUUGCUCCUGAAUAUUAAUUUUUGUAGCUGACAGAUGAUCCACAGCUGUAAUGUUUAUUUAAAUACGCAGAUUAAAGCUGUCUCUCAUGCCUUCGUGUGCUUGCUCAUGCAUUUCUUAGCUAGAAGCUUCCAGUUGAAUAUGUUAGCGGGUUAAAUCGAGCAGAAUCGGUGGGUAAAGGCCUUUAGUCUGCCGCAUUUCGCCAUGUUGUAAAAACGCCUUUUCUGUUUUGGUUUGUGGGAGGACUGUUUGUGCUGAAGCGUCACAUUAAUAAUUAAGUCAACUUAGCUAUUUAAAGGGGGAAAACACAGUUUUGAAAGCUUGUUAGGCCUGUUUUGGGUAUGAAAAAUUACCCGCCAGGUACAGAAAACACUCUUUGUAUUAGUGGAUGUUUAGUUGAAUCUGCUGCCGUGUGACGAGCUUCACAAAGCAGACACAAACAACAACAGAUGGGGCAAUCAUCAGACAUCUGCUCCACAAGAGUUGGGUUUGGCUGCAGCGGAAGUGUCAGGAGUCGGUGAUGGUCCCAUCUGCAGCAAACCGUGCGCAUGAUUUCAGCUCAAACAACACGCCGCACCACUCUCCCGUCUGCCCGACCGAACCAGCCGAACCUCAUUCUGCAGAAUGGACAAGCACAAGGAGGGAUCCCACCGGAACCACUGCCGGAUUCUGGUCCAGUUUUAUCGAUGUGUGAGGAGGAGGAAGAAGAGGAGGAUGAAGACAACGAGCCGCCUUCAGCCCACAGGGACCGACCCGCCUGUGACAGUCAGGCUGCCAGAACGACAUUUUACACUAAAACUUAUUUAUUUUCUCUGGUAUUUCUAGGAAUUUGGUGAUGAUGGGGACAUUUCUUCUCCUGUCUCAGUUGUUUUUAAAAUAUUUUUCUGCUUUUGUUUUGUAGAUAUAUUAAAAUAUUAGUACAAUUCCACCAAACAAAUCAGACAUUUUCUAGAAAAGACUCCAGUUUUUUGACCAUCAAAACAGGCAAAUUUUCAUUUUUUUUAGAACAUUAAUCUGAAAUUUUCUAUUUUUUUAUUACAUUUCUAACCGUUGAAACUCUGAAAUUUCUAUGUUUUUAUUUUUGGAGGUUUCUGACAUUAGGCUAAAAAUCUCUAUCUUGAGUUUUUUGUAGCACAAUUUUGAACUUUCAAGCUUAGAAAUGUCCUUGGUUUGUUCUAAAAAAGUUCUGAGUUUAAUCUACAAAUUUAUGAAGUUUUGUAGCAAAUUUUAAAGUUUUGAAACUCAGAAAUUUCUGGGUUUUUUCUAGAAAAUUUCUGAGAUUCAUUUUUUUAUUUUUUGAAAUAUUUUUGACAUUUUCUGCUCAGAAAUUUUCUGUUUUUCUAGAGUUUUGGGGGGUUAUCAAACCAAAAAAUUACCUGUAUUUUUAAAGAAAUUUUUGUGAUCUCAAAAUUUUUUAUUUUUUUUCUUGACAUCUUUUAAUUUUUCAAACUCAAAUAUUUUCUUGUUUUUUCUAGGUCAUAAUCUCAAAAUGUUCAAGUUCUUUGAGGAAUUAAAAAAAUUAUAUCUUGAAUCUUUUCAAGCUCAGAAACGUCCUUUGUUUCUUCUAAAAAAUUUCUGAGAUUAAUCUAAUUUCAAGUUUUUUUUAAAAUCUUCAACUUUUCAAACUCAGAAUUUUCAAUGUUUUUCUAUAAACUUUCUUAGAUUAAGCUCAAAAUUUCAGAUUUUUUUCUAGCACAUUUUUUAUUUUUCAAACUCAAAAAUGUCAAAGUUUUUUCUAGAUAAUUUCUGAGAUUAAACUAUGAAUCUCAGAUUUUUUUUGUGGCAGAAUUUUGCUCCCCAUUUUCGUCCAUAAUGCCCUUAAUACGCUGUCAUAUGACAGAGGCCUUUCUGCUCCUCUGAGUCAUGUUUUAAAUGUUUUUCUGCUCCAGGGCGUUUGUUUAUUCGCCUUAAUGAGGAAAACCUUCUUUAAAGAUAAAUCCUUCCAGACGAGCCCAGAGGGAAAAGCAGGACUCAUUCUCGCUGAUUCUUCUAGGAUUUAUUCAGAUGUUCCUAAAAACAACAGAAAACCUUUUUCUCCUUUGAAAAUAUAGUUUCUUUCUUUGUCCUGGAUCUAAUAUUAACUACUUUUGCUUUGUUUUAUUUUUACUGUCCAGUAACGACAAAGAUGACCAUAUUUGGUGGUACUUAUGCUUUCUGUCUAGUUUUAGCUCUUUAAUGGAAAAACAUUUUUAUCAUCAGACUUAGAUGCUGUUAUUUAUGUCAAAUAUUCCUCAAGUAAAUAAAAGUGUAGUUUUCAAAUGAGUACAUUUGCUACUAUUACAUAUUGAUUUUAUUUUUAAUCCAUGUUUCUGAGCUCUUAUUGCUGCAGCUUGUAAAAUAAAACUAACUCUACAUGCUGAACACACUCGACACGGUGGUGGCACCAUCAUGCUGUGGGGAUGUUUUUCUUCUGCAAGGAUGAGGAAGUUGGUCAGAGUUGAAGAUGGAGGCUUCAAAAACAAUAGUACUGAGGAGAAUAACCCUCAACAUACCACUAUAGAACACUUUCAUAUGUUGGGAAUGGUCCAGUCAAAGUCCAGACCUUAAUACAACUGGCAUAACUUUCAAAUUUAUCUUCGCUGAGGCUCUCCUUGCAAUUUUCUUUUGCUUGAGCUUUUUCUUUUGGAAGAAAGACAAAAUACUUCAGCCUCUAGAUGAGACAGUUUGCAGUGGAAGGUGAUGUUGAAGAAAAAUGCACAACGCACUUUUAAGAUUUUAAUUUGUAAAAUGUCAAACCAAUUAUUUUGCAAUUGCUCCCAUCAAUGAAAUAAGAAACUAAGUUAAAUUAAAAUCACAUGUUUUUGCAGAAGAGCAACACAUUCAAAUGAUGUAAACAAACUGCGAUGAACCUGUGAGCUGCAUAUUGUCCAGAGAAAGACAUCAUCCUCCGACUGCUUCCUGUCGUCUUCUUCGUUGUUUUCGCCAGUAGUAACAUCCGGGUGUUGAUCACGUGACUCGUGGGAUGCGGAAAAUAAAUGUUUCCACUACAGUUUUAUGAAAUUCAUCAAGCUACGGCUGGUGUUCUGACUAUCUGUCAGAACGCCCUACACUGUGGCGAUGCGCAUGCGCACACCGAUGUCGCAGGUUGCUUACGGGGUUUUUGGUUCGUUUGUUUUCUAUCGUCAUCUCAUCCCAGCGCAGAAUCUUAUUGGGGUUUUUUUUCUUGAAAUUUCCC